AGCAGGGGGGAGUGGCCUUAAGGAUCUGAGCAUGCUCAGUGAGAGCCGCUCAUGCCCUCAUCUGCAGAAAGAGAGAGAGAGGCUGCUGCAUUUCAGAGAGGUGCACAUGAGCGCUUCACACACAGGAUGUGGAAGUAUGGCUGGCCCGGCACUUUCAUGCAGAAUGAGGCAUUCUGAGUCGGGCUGAUCACCUGUGCUUGGGAUCUCCCGAACCGACCCGGAUUAACAUCCAGCUCGGGAUGCCUUGGGAAAGGCGGCCCGUGAAAUGGGAAGAUGACACUGUGGGAUCAGGACAGCCUGUACUGCACUAAUGAAAGGCUUCAAGCUCGCCUGCACUGCCAGUAACUCGAACCGCAGCUCGCCGGCCUGCUCACCUGUCCUGCGUAAACGCUCGCGCUCCCCAACGCCCCAGAGUCCAGAGGGAGAGAACAUGGUGGAAAAGAGCUCCGAUCAUUCUUCCGAUAAAUCCCCCUCCACCCCGGAACAGGCCGUCCAGCGCACCUACAGUCAGUCGCUUCACACCACCCGCCCCGCAGGGAAGAACUCCAAGUCACACAAGAGACUGUCUAAAAAAAGUCAAAGCUGGUAUAACGUUUUGAGUCCCACAUACAAACAGCGAAAUGAAGACUUCAGGAAGCUCUUUAAGCAGCUGCCUGACACCGAGCGCCUCAUUGUGGACUACUCCUGUGCCCUGCAGAGAGAUAUCCUCCUGCAGGGUCGCCUCUACCUCUCUGAAAACUGGAUCUGUUUCUAUAGCAACAUAUUCCGCUGGGAAACGCUGCUGACUGUGAAGUUGAAAGAUGUUUGCUCCAUGACGAAAGAGAAGACGGCUAGACUCAUCCCCAAUGCCAUCCAGCUGUGCACAGACAGUGAAAAGCACUUUUUUACCUCAUUCGGGGCAAGAGAUCGGACGUACAUGAUGAUGUUCAGACUUUGGCAAAAUGCUCUACUGGAAAAGCCAUUGUGUCCCAAAGAGCUGUGGCACUUUGUCCAUCAGUGUUAUGGGAAUGAACUGGGUCUGACCAGUGAUGAUGAGGAUUAUGUACCUCCUGAUGACGACUUCAACACCAUGGGGUACUGUGAGGAGAUUCCCGCUGAAGAAAACGAGGCCAAUGACAACUGCCCCAAAACCCCAGAUGCCAAAAUGGACAUCAGCCCCCAACUCCACAGGAGGGUUUUCCCCAACAGCAGUCUAAAUUCCACAGACAGCACAGAUGCUCCGGUCAACUUUGACGUGCCCCCAGUGGAGGACUUUAGUGGCUGUGUCCCUGAAGACCUCCUAUCCCUGCCGUUACCUGACAACAAGCUGCCAGAGACUAGUGGCUCCGCCCAUGUCCCCACCCCCUCACCCUCCCUUGACUUCAACGACAAUGAGGACCUUCCCACUGAACUCAGCGACUCGUCAGAAACACAUGAUGAGGGGGAAGUGCAGGCCUUCCAGGAAGAUCUGAAUGGGAAACUGUACAUUAAUGAAGUGUAUAAGUUCAGAGUGGAUAAAAUGUAUGACAUCCUCUUCACUGAAUCUCAGUUCAUGAGAGAGUUUCUGGAGCAGAGACGCUUUUCAGAUGUGGUCUAUCACCCGUGGAAGAAAGAGGACACUGGUAAUCAGACCAGAGAGAUCAUGUACACCAUCUCCCUCUCCAAUCCACUGGCCCCAAAGACGGCCACAGUCACAGAGACGCAGACUCUGCACAAGGCCAGUCAAGUGAGCGAGUGCUACAUCAUCGACGCUGAGGUGAUUGCUCACGAUGUCCCAUAUCACGAUUACUUUUACACGCUAAACCGCUACAUGCUCACCAGAGUCGCCAAGAACAAGUGUCGCCUGAGGGUAUCAGCUGAACUACGCUACAGGAAGCAGCCAUGGGGACUGGUCAAGGGCUUCAUUGAGCGAAACUUCUGGAGUGGCCUGGAUGAAUAUUUUAGGUAUUUAGAGCUGGAGUUGAGUAAGGUACAGCUGGUGCUAUCUGAACCUCACACACAGUCUCCCAAAUCCAAAGCGCUACGCACAGCUACAAUGAGGCGGAGGAAACGGCCCCUGACGCACAUGAGGCAGCAGCACCUGGAUGAGGCGCUCAGCCCCGUCACCACACCUGAGGAUGAGAAGAGUGUCAUCCAUCGCAUCAAACACGUGGCAGGAUCCACACAGACCAGACACAUCCCAGACCAUGGAUCUGAAGGCCUGGCUCUCUACAGUGUUUCCAAACUCCUGCUUAUAAUCAGCUCUGUGAUUUGUGUAAGCCUGGUGCUGCUGGUCUUUUUGAACAUGAUGCUGUUUUAUAAGCUCUGGAUGCUGGAAUACACUGCUCAGGGUUUGACCUCCUGGCAGGGUUUCAGAUCUCAUGAAAGUAAACUUCCAGAGACACAGAUUGAAUGGGCUCAACUUUUGGAAUCUCAGCAGCGUUACCAUGAAAAUGAGCUGGAGAAAUGGAGGGAAAUAAUAAAGUCGUCUGUGCUUUUGUUAGAGGAGAUGAGAGAGUCUCUAAUGAAGCUACAGAAAGGUAUUGGGUUAAAAGACUACAAUUCAGACAGUGAAGAAAGUCGCUAUCACUGACAAACAGAGUCCCGGCUCAGCGAAUGUGAUGAACAUCUCCACAUGUAAGCGAUCAGAUGCGCUGAGCUGAGCUGGCAUGGUAAGUGGGCGGCACUGACUGAAUGGCUCUCACAGGCCAGCUGACAGCAGACACUGAAGGAAACCCAGUACUGUAAGUUCUCUGUCUUCUCCGUGAUGAAAGAGAUGGGGGAAAAAAGGAAAGCAGUCGCUUGAUUGGUAUUUUCAUCCAGGGCUAAAACAAACUCAACCAAAACAAUUCAACUGUAACUGCAAAAUGGACACAGACUCUCUGGUUCAAACACUCGGAAACCUUCAGCAGAUGUUGGAACUCGACAGCAUCCCUUUUUUUAAACCUUUUGGAGUCUGGGACCAGAUAAAGUAAAUAUGGAGUUGCUAUCAGCAAGUGUUACGUGGACAUGUACACAUUUAUUUAUAAAAACAAAAUAUGGAAUUGAAUGAUAUUAUGAUGCACAUGAAGACAUAUAAUUUCUAUGUAGAGCUAUAUUUGUUGCCAGAGUACAUUUGUAACAGGUUUCCAUGGAGAAUCAAGGCUGGUUCCUUGAUAGCUUGCGCCAUGGUGCAUCAACUAUAUGCAACUGGUUUAUCCUCCCCUGUUUGGAGGAACGACUUCUUCUGAUUGGUUGAUUUGCAAUGGCGAAAGAGCCACGGUCACUAAGGUUGAACGGUAGAAUCAUAUACCAUAUACUUUGUUCCCAAAGUUUCAGGAAUGAUUCUGCAUAUUUAUACAGGAUUCUCUCUCGAAAUAGCACUGAUUGACAAAGUGAUAACCAUAGCAAUGGAUGGGUCAAAAAUAUAUUAAGGCUAGAUCAAGCUAACUCCAGAAGCACUCUCAGUGAUCUAAUUCUGGAACUGGGUCUGGUGCAGAGUAAACUAUAAGAAACACUGUGGCUCUGUGGUGCUAUCAAAACAUCCCAACCAUCUUGGCUCAAACAAUAGCGUGAGUUUGGGGCGGGACCCAAAGUUUUAUUUAAAAAGAUGAUUGCUAACAAGUGGCUAAAUGGGACUACAGAGGUUGUUAGGCAAUGAAAAGCAAAAUCCAUCUUUUACAUUUUUAUGUAAAGACGAAUCACAAUCAAAGUUGUGAUCACUUUUGAAGACUAUCAUGAUCGUAGACUUUUGGUCACAGGGCUUAUUUUCUGCAAUAAAGCCAAUGGAAAAAAUCCUUUUGGGUUUUUGGCGAGGGAAUCAGGGUGAUGCUAACUUUUGUCCUGCAAAAAUGAAUCACUUCAGCGCUCUGUUGUGAGGAAGUGUAUGGAAAUUGGGAUGCAGCCAUCAAGUCAACCAAACCUCUCAUGCAGUAACGGUUGUGGAAUAUUAGUGGUUAACUACAGCAGGUCCACUCCAGCCAAUAGCAUCCAUUCAUUUGUGAAUGAGUUAUUGUUACAUGAAUGUGUUUCUGUUCUCCCUCAGGGUUCAUUUAUAUCCUGCGGGCAGCUGUACACAAGUAUAUAUUGCCAAGCUUUGAUUUUAAAGCCAUUCCAUGAUUUUUUUUUCAUGUUGUUUUUGUGUUUUGAUGCUGAACCAGCUGCUGGACGGGUGAGAGAUGCACAUUGGUCAUGUGAUGUGAGAAAGUAUGGUUUUAUUAGUGUAGUAGAGCUGGAGAGAAAUUUAUCUUAAAGUGUUCUUACAGAAAGACCAGCAGCUGGUGUGUUAAGACGGAACUGUGAAAAAUCCAGGUUAUGCUUGAAUUUAUAAAGAGAAACUGUUUAGAAAUGUACAUAAUAAAAAAUCAACCUCAUAAAAAAGGUUAGCUCUAACCUCUUGAGGUGUCAUACGCAAAAACAUUUCUCAUACAAACUCCCACACACAAGUACAGGAGUCGAUGGUUUUUAUAGUUGGAGCUACAGUCCUAGAGUGGCCUCUAUUGAUAUUGAGCCAUUGGUGCUCAUGUGGGCGACAUGGGUUCGAGUCUAGCUUGUUUUAAUUCCCAAUCCUGUUCCCUCCUUUUCCUCCUCAUUAAGAAUAGUUCAACAGGCCAAAAAUAAAAUUAGAAAUGUAUUUAAUUGGUUUGAUCUAUUUCUAAGCAGCAAUUUCACAAUCAAUCUAAAGUUUUAAUUUGUAUAUUUCAAUAUCAGGUGUUUUUUGUGGAGUCUUCCACUAGUUUCUGAUUGGUGUAGAUUGUUUUUAGUCCUUUAGUAUCCAUCAUUGUUUAAACCAAUGUAUGAACUAAUGAAAAGGGACGGCUGAUUGCUGUCUUAUGUGAUGUGAAACUGUCUCAGAUGGACUGGUCUAAUGUGGUCACUAUGAGCCAGUCCAAUUUAUUCAAAGCAAAUGGAUCUUAGAUGAUCAUUUUGUCCUGUGAGAUUCUAGGUACGUGUGUUUCGGAGCCUCUGCAACCCCCUGUUGGCUUGAGUGGCAGACCCCUUAUCCUACUUUAAGCAUCAAUGGCAAUUAGAAAAUAGUAGAUAACUAAAAAUGUCAUCUGCAGGCUGUAGUGCUCAGCUUGCACUGUUCAUGCUAGGGGGUCAGUUAGCUUUUAAGGGCAGCCCACACACAAAAUAUAUUUUUCUUGAUACUUAUGAUCAUAGGAAUCAAUCCAGGAAAGGGACUACAAUUCAGUCACGUCUGUAUUCAUCCUCAUAGUCGUUAAAGCAAAAUGCAGUAUUAAAUGUGCAAUGCCUGUUCAAGUAGAGUGUGUAAGUACUGCUUAAACUCCACAUGAACCAUCUGUGUGAAUGUAUUUUCUAGCUGAAAGACGAUCCUUCAUUUGGACAUAACCUGCUGGGUUUGGAAGCACGGGUGAUUUAGAAGGCAUAAUGUCUUUGAUGUCAAGCAUUGGGAGGCCACAGCAAUGGUGCCAUAUUGCUCACUGUCAGGCCCUAAAAGUAUUAUUUUUCAAGUUCUGCUGACAAUAUUAUUUUGUACUGUAGCCUAUGUGCACAGACAGGAUGGUUGCUUUCCUAUGGCCAUGACUGUUAUGGUCUAGAGAUAGAUGGGAAAUUCAUGUAUGAUGUUUAUUUAAAGGUCAUGUCAAAGCCAGGAGCAAAACACUGAGGUAAAAACACACCGGGUUGUUUUUAUGUUUAUUUUAUUUUUCCUGAAACAUUGAAACAAAAAAAGAAUAUGACUUGUAAUUACAACAGUGAGGUUUUUAUUUUAAUUAUUUAAAAUUUUCUUUACAAAUGUAUAUACACACAAUUAUACUGCAAUGUAUGUAUAUGUUGUGUACAGUGCACACCCUACAUGCGCUGGCUGCACUGUAGGAUGCCUGAAAACCUUUCAGAAACAUAAAUAAAUAACUAUACAAUUUGUGUUGUCAAGAAUAGGUGG